AUGUCCCUCUUCACAGCAACACUCCUCGCAUCCCUUCUAAUAGUUGGCGUACCACAUGUCUUUCCUUGUCCUGCUCCACGACGAGCACUGGCCGACUCGGAGAUUAUAGUCACCGCAGAUGGACAGCAGAUAAGGCGUAAGAGAAGACGGAAGGAACCAGUCUCCUCCCCCGAUGAAACUGGAUUAUCAUCGUCAGAUCAAUUGGCCGGACAUUCGGUACUCGGCUCUGCAGCCACGAAUAUCAUGGAUCAGACACCCGCAGUUGGACGAGAACUACGGGAACAAGCAGCGGAGUUCAGGCACAUGGAGGCAGAGGCGAAAGAGCUUGGGAAAACUGCGCGAGAGUGUCCAGUACCGAAGCCAAAGGGAAUCCUCGGCCAACUUCUCGGGUUCGGUGCGGAUAAAAGUGAUCAAUUGAAAGCAGAGCCCCCCCAUACUGAUAUCCAGUGGAAGAGAAACACAGAGUGA